CUCGCGCCCGUCCGGGGCCGCCAUCUUCUUUAAUGCUGUUAAGCCUAAAACCCCUUGAGAAAAGCAUUGAGAUGAGAAAUUUAGGAGACUUUGACAUCUUCUUAUCAACUCGGGGGACUGAGGCGGAGAGAAAGGCCCCGCCCGUCACACCUAGAGGUGUCUAAGGUGUCAACUAGUUUCCUUCGUAUUUUAGAAAAGAUUUAGUGAAAAGAGCCGAAGACUAGGCCUUGGCUUUUCAAAUACGGGGAUCCGGGCAGCAGGGCCCUGGGUCGGCACACCACGAGCUUAGGGACGCCCACGGGUUCUGAGCAUUGGAGUCCUGGUCCUUUAAGGAUGCGGACCUAGGGGCGGGGUCUAAAGCGGAAGUUGUAAUGUAAGGGUCGAAGCCGGCAGGUUUUGGGCGGAAGGAGCGUGUCUAAUUCUGGCAGUCAUGGCGCAGGGCGAGGAAGAUGUCAGAGAUUACAAUUUGACUGAAGAGCAGAAGGCGAUCAAGGCCAAGUAUCCUCCAGUCAAUCGGAAGUACGAGUAUUUGGAUCAUACAGCAGAUGUCCAGCUGCACGCAUGGGGAGACACGCUGGAAGAAGCAUUUGAGCAGUGUGCGAUGGCCAUGUUUGGUUACAUGACUGACACUGGCACUGUGGAGCCCCUCCAGACAGUGGAAGUGGAAACCCAAGGAGAUGACUUGCAGUCUCUUCUCUUCCACUUCUUGGAUGAAUGGCUUUAUAAGUUUAGUGCCGACACAUUCUUCAUACCCCGGGAAGUAAAAGUACUUAAUAUUGAUCAAAGAAAUUUUAAAAUACGAUCAAUUGGGUGGGGAGAAGAAUUUUCAUUAUCCAAGCACCCUCAGGGAACUGAAGUCAAAGCAAUCACAUAUUCAGCAAUGCAGGUUUAUAAUGAAGAGAAGCCAGAAGUUUUUGUAAUCAUUGACAUUUAAGACACCAAAAAAAAAUAAAAUAAAAUAAAAAAGAAGAAGAGAAGAAAAAGACUCCUGCAAAGAACUAUUUUUCCUCCCUUUUGAGAAGAUACUGUGAUUUAAAUUGUGUGGUGCCUUUUGAUACUUGGAAACUGAACACAAGUUUUUUUAUUUGAAGUAGCUUUCAGAAAUGGCAAGUCAGAGCACAGCAGUGAUCUGUGUUCCUCCGAAUAUUGAGCUCUUCAGUUGUCACAGGUGGCUGUGGUCCCUCGCGUGUUCAUUCCUUGCUGGGGUCACAGGUGCCUUCUGUCUUCCAGUGGGAUGUAAACCUCCUUCCUGGUCCCCAAGGAGCCACGGAUGGAAACAGCUGCCUUGGAAUGAAUCCAGUUUGAAAAAAAUCAUUUGAGAAAAUACAUUCCUACAGCUAAAAUUUUUCUUUUAUUUCAAAUUAGUCAAGCUGGUUUUUUUUUUUUUUUUUUCUUUUCUUUUUGGAAGAUGUAUUUUCUUAUUUUAAAGGCACAGGGCCUCCCACAUGGGUGACAAGGAUUCAAGGCCUUAAACCAUCACCUGCCUCCAGCACAUUACCAGGGAGCUGGAUCCAAAGCUGAGUAGCCAGGAAUGCAACUGACAGUCCCCGUGGGAUGCAGACUUCAAAAGCAGCAAGUUACUACCAUGCAGGACAAGACCUGCCCCAAGUCAUGCUUUAUCUGUGCACAUUAAAGGAGAUCGUGGUUUAGAUUA